CUUCCCCAGGCCGGCCGCGCUCACCCUUCUCCAGGCUGGGUGACCCAUGAGAUCUCUUUUAUGGUGGCUUUCCCUGAAAUGCCCAAGGCACCCGAUUAUGCAGAACUGAGUGACUCUGUAACGCUUGCCGUGGGGACAGGAAGAUUUCCAGGACCACUGCACAGAGCAUGGAGAAUGAUGAACUUCCGUCAGCGGAUGGGAUGGAUUGGAGUGGGGCUGUAUCUGUUAGCAAGUGCCGCCGCUUUCUACUAUGUUUUUGAAAUCAAUGAGACUUACAACAGGCUGGCCUUGGAACACAUUCAGCAGCACCCCGAGGAGCCGCGGGAAGGAACCACGUGGACACACUCCUUGAAAGUCCGGUUACUCUCCUUGCCCUUUUGGUUGUGGACGAUUAUUUUUCUGAUACCUUACCUACAGAUGUUUUUGUUCCUUUAUUCUUGUACAAGAGCUGACCCCAAAACCGUGGGCUACUGUAUCAUCCCAAUAUGCCUGGCCGUUAUUUGCAAUCGCCACCAGGCAUUUGUCAAAGCUUCUAAUCAGAUCAGCCGUCUACAGUUGAUUGACACAUAGAAUCAGUCACCGUUUUUUUUCCUUACUGAUUACAAAACUGCCAGAAACAUCUGGAGUCUGAUCACAAGACAGCAGUUCCUUUCCUGUCUUCAGGAAGUUAUGGUGGGGCCGAGACUUCUAAAAAGUGUGAUUAGGUGGAGGGUUUCUUUAUCCGAAUGGCAACUGAAUUUCUAGGUGAAGUCUGAGAUACUCCAAAUCGUGUUGAUAAUGUCAGAUUUUGCAAGUAAUAUCAUGUCUGUUAUUUGCAUUCUGUGGAAACUUGAAUACGCACCUGAACUCUCGUUUUUUAUUCUACUGUGCAACAUAGUGGUGAUUUAAUAUUUUUCCUUUGGGGAAAAAAAUGAAUAUGAACAUUUCCAUUGUGCUAAAUGUAAAAAGGUCCAAACAUGGUCAUAAAAUUUAAAUUUU